CCGCUUUGCGGUGACGUCAUCUCGGCGCGCCGGCUCUUUCCACCACUGCAGUCCGGACCAUCCCUCCAUGUGUCAGGCCGGAGAGGAUUACCCGGGGCCCGCGCAGCGGGAACCUCCGCCCGUGCCGCGGUCGAGCCGGGAGCAGAAAUGUGUGAAGUGCACAGAAGGCCUGCCGGUGGUGGUGAUUCGAGCGGGAGAUGCCUUCUGCAGAGAUUGUUUCAAGGCAUUCUAUGUCCACAAAUUCAGAGCCAUGCUUGGGAAGAACCGGGUCAUCUUUCCUGGCGAGAAGGUGCUCUUGUCGUGGUCUGGGGGGCCUUCGUCGAGCUCCAUGGUCUGGCAAGUUCUUGAGGGUCUGAGUCAGGAUUCUGCAAAACGGCUACGCUUUGUGCCCGGAGUCAUCUAUGUUGAUGAGGGAGCAGCCUGUGGCCAGAGCUCAGAGGACAGAGCUCAGACGGUGGCCAAGGUGCAGCAGAUCCUGGAGAACACUGGUUUCCCAUGGCAUGUGGUUGCCCUAGAAGAGGUGUUCAGCUUGCCACCAUCAGUGCUACGUGUAUCCCAGAAGCCAGCAGGGACAGAGGAGGCCUACAAGGCAGCUGUGGACAGCUUCCUGCAGCAGCAGCAUGUGCUGGGGACUCAGGGACAGGGUCACCUGCAUCCAUCCCACAGCCAGGAACCCCUAGGCACGGCCGGGUGCCCCAGAGCUGCGCAGACUGAGGCCUUGUCGAAGUUGUUCAACUCCAUAAAGACACUGACAGCCAAAGAGGAGCUUCUGCAGACCCUGAGGACCCAUCUGACUGUGCAUGUAGCCCGAACCCAUGGCUACUGCAAGGUGAUGACAGGAGAGAGCUGCACCCGCUUGGCCAUCAAGCUGAUGACCAACCUGGCCCUGGGGAGAGGCGCCUUCCUCGCCUGGGACACGGGCUUCUCAGACGAGCGACAUGGGGAUGUGGUGUUGGUGAGGCCCAUGCGGGACCACACGCUGAAGGAAGUGGCCUUCUACAACCACCUGUUUGGAGUCCCCUCAGUCUUCACACCAGCCAUUGAUACCAAGGCUCCAGAAAAGGCUAGCAUCCACCGACUGAUGGAGGCCUUUAUCUUGAGGCUGCAGACACAGUUCCCCUCUACAGUCAGCACUGUGUACAGGUGUGUGCGUGCCCUGGGGGUGCAGUUGGUCAGGUGUGCGUGCCCUGGGGUGCUGUUGGACAGGUGUAUGUGUCCUGGAGUCAUGCUGGACAGGUGUGUGUGCCCUGGGGUGCUGUUGGACAGGUGUGUGUGCCCUGGGGGGUUGCUGCUGGACAGGUGUGUGUGCCCUGGGUGUGCUGUUGGACAGGUGUGUGUGCCCUGGGGGGUUGCUGCUGGACAGGUGUGUGCGCCCUGGGGGUGCUGUUGGUCAGGUGUGUGUGUCCUGGAGUGCUACUGGACAGCUGUGUGUGUCCUGGAGUGCUGCAGGACAGGUAUGUGUGCCCUGGGGGGGUUGCUGUUGGACAGGUGUGUGUGUCCUGGGGGGUUGCUGUUGGACAGGUGUGUGUGCCCUGGGGGUGCUGUUGGACAGGUGUGUGUGCCCUGGGGUGCUGCUGGACAGGUGUGUGUGCCCUGGGGGGUUGCUGCUGGACAGGUGUGUGUGCCCUGGGGGGUUGCUGCUGGACAGGUGUGUGUGCCCUGGGGGGUUGCUGCUGGACAGGUGUGUGUGCCCUGGGGGGUUGCUGCUGGACAGGUGUGUGUGCCCUGGGGGGUUGCUGCUGGACAGGUGUGUGUGCCCUGGGGGGUUGCUGCUGGACAGGUUUGUGUGCCCUGGGUGUGCUGUUGGACAGGUGUGUGUGCCCUGGGGGGUUGCUGCUGGACAGGUGUGUGCGCCCUGGGUGUGCUGCUGGACAGGUGUGUGCGCCCUGGGGGUGCUGUUGGUCAGGUGUGUGUGCCCUGGGGGGUUGCUGCUGGACAGGUUUGUGUGACCUGGGGGGUUGCUGUUGGACAGGUGUGUGUGCCCUGGAGUGCUACUGGACAGGUGUGUGUGCCCUGGAGUGCUGCUGGACAGGUGUGUGUGCCCUGGGGGGUUGCUGCUGGACAGGUGUGUGUGCCCUGGGGGGUUGCUGCUGGACAGGUGUGUGUGCCCUGGGGGGUUGCUGCUGGACAGGUGUGUGCGCCCUGGGGUGCUGUUGAGCUUGCUGCUGCCUGUUACCCAUCCUUGUUUGCCUACGCACUGGCCCACAGGACAAGUGAGAAGUUGGUCAAAGCCCCCCGGGAGGGCUGUACCACUGGCCCCUCGGGCCCCAGCUGUCUCCUCUGCAUGUGUGCCCUGGACAUCGACACUGCUGACAGUGCCACGGCCUUUGGGGCUCAGUCCUCCUCACAUCUCUCCCAGAUGCUGCCGGCUGAGGCUGCGAUGGCUACCCGGCCCUGCUGUGGUGCAGGGGAGGGUCAGGCCCAGAGCUGCCAUAGGGCAGUCGGCACAAGGGGGGAUCCACGGGUCUGCAUCACAGAGCAGUUAUGUUACAGCUGCCGGGUGAACAUGAAGGACCUGCCCUCCCUGGACCCCCUGCCACCCUAUGUCCUGGCUGAGGCUCAGCUCCGCAGCCAAAGGGGCUCGGUCUCUGAAGACAUCCAGGAGUGUCUGAUUACAGACGACGAGGAGGAGGAGGACACAGCUGAGUCACGCGAAGCCCUGAAGCAGGAAGGCGAGGACAAAGGGGAGGGUCUGUGACUGUCCACUUGUAUA